AUGCCGGGGUUGUGUGGUAAUCGCCCGGAAGGGCUGACGGCUCACUCAAAGUUCGGCCCUCUGCCGUCGUCGUGCUUCUUCGACAGCAUCAUCGUUCCUCUGCCAGCGUGGAUUCGUCUUGUCCUCACAUUCGCUAUCUUCCACUUUGUCGUUCCAGUUCUCAUCGUAGACAAGAUCAAGCGGUAUGACGUUAAGCACGAAUGGCAGAGACACGCCCAGCUGUCAUUCUACUACUUCACCAUUCUGGUCGUCUUCCUCAUGGAGGGAAUGGAAAUUGGACGGCUGGCUUCGAUCAACUUCGGAAUUGGACUGCUCCCCUUCAUUUUUGCAGGUUGCGCUCUGUCUGCUGUCAUGCAGGCCACUCGAGGCGCCAACGGCCGCAUCCGCAAUUGGCAGCCGGCCAACAUCAUUUUCUGGAUCAUGAGCGUCGCCGUCACGAUUAUCAAGAUCAUCACGAUUCAAAAGGCCGGCCAGCACAGCCCGCAGGCCAGACGAGCAGGCACCGACUACCCGAUCACUCACCAGAUUCAGGAUCUCGCCGUCCUCGUGGGCUGCUACGGCCUCUUACUGAUCAACGAGAUUGCGCUCAUGUUCCAGAGGACUUGGGAGGAGACGAUUAACGGCGAGAACAUCAAGAAGCUGCGCCUCACACGCUCCAUCAGCGACCAGGCCCAAUACGAUCUGACCCGCGCCAUCGAGGAGGGCUACUACCCGUCUGGUGUCACGUACCUCACCCUCAGACUGGAGGGAGAGUCCGCAAGCGAAAAGGAAAUACCAGGAAAGGAGGACGAGCUCAAGAGGAUGGCCAGCCGCAGCACCUCCAUCGCCGGAUCUUCGUCCAGCGCUAGCGAAAAGGGCAAGCGCGUCAUGGAAGAGGACCCCAUCGAACCCGUCCCCAUGAUCCCGCCGAGCUUCAGACAAGGCAACGAGCGCUGGUCCUCCGCCAUGACCCUGAGAGACGCUGCCGGAGGCGACGACUCCGCGGACGAGAAGACCGGCCUCAACAAGAAGCGGGAUACUCAGCGAUGGUCGGCCAUGACGCUUAUGCCCCCGCCGCCCAUCCGCGACCCCGGUGAAAAGCGCGGUUCAGGAUUCAGCGCCGCAAAGGCCUCACCAACUUUCGAGAACAUCGACGAGGGCUCGCCGCUGGAACCAUCCUUCUCCAGGUCAUCAUCACGGUACGCCGACGAGAGGAACGCCCAGAAGGCCAUGCUCCUCGAAGCUCCAUUCCCGGUAAAGCAGCCUCCUAGCCCCUUUGAGAGACGAUCGUUCCUCCUGAAGCCUGCCAACCCCAACCCCAAUUUGGAGCGAUGGUCCGCCAUGACUCUCCGCAACGACUCGCCCGCCCCCGCCGCGGCCUCAAGUUCCAGGGAUGAGCCGCUCCAGCCCAUCACGUCCUCCGCCAGCACACCCGAGAGGAAACCCUCCGGCUCCGGCGACAGGAACUCCAUGAGGCGGUACUCGGACUGCUCUUCGCGGUCCAUCCGGCGGUUCUCGGCUCACAGCGACCUGAGGGAGGCCGCAGCAACGGCGGCCGCCUUCGCGGACGGUGAGGAGUCGCCGAUGGGCUCACCGACGGAGCAUACGCAUCUGCAGCAGGACCGGCCGCCCUCGCCAUGA